AAUUUUCUUUGUACUCAAUUACUAUUUUUAAUUUACAUGCAAAUAGACAUGUUGUUGAUGUUUUUAUAGUUCUUUAUUUAUUUCAUUAUUUUCUGCUGUUUUUUGUGUGUAUAAAUAGUGAAAAAUUGGUACAUUUCCAUAGAAACCUAUGUCCUUUGUUUGUAUUUUGGGCUCCUGGCAACUUUAUAUUUGUAAUUUAAAACAAAUGAAACAUUUGACUGAUUUGACCAAAUUUGUGUCGGAAAAAAGGGGCCAUGCAUGUGAUGUCCAGAGAUUGGAUGCUGCCUUCACUUCCUCCUGGUUUCCAUCCUCCAUGUCAGCUGAGCCUCAAACCCUUGAGUGCGCAAGUUGAUAGUGUGUUCACCUGAAUGUGCCUAGUGAGUGUGCAUGUUUGUGUGUGUGUGUGAGUAAAUCCACUCUAGGCCUAUGUGAGUGUGUUGCUUUAGGGUAGUGUGUGUGUGUGGAUGUGUGUGUCUGUGUCAAUACCCCCAGCCCACCAUGUCCCUGUAUCCCUCAACGCUCCUGCUGAGUCCAUCGGCGUGUCUCCACCUCCUCUGUCUGCUGCUGCUCCUCACUGACUGCUCCACCACUACAGUAUCUAAAAAGGACCCGAUAAUGCCCGAGCCCCCACAAGGUGAUAAUGGUGGCGUCACUGGAAAUGCAACAGAUCUGCAAAUGGAACAGCACCCAGAAGGCACACAGCUGGACCAAGUCUUCCCCAACUCAUCUUCACCAGUCAACCACACCUCUGUCAGCAACACAGUUCAUUCCUCUCCAGUAACUCCCACCCCACUCAACCAGUCUGCAGGAGGAAACCCUCCAUCCACAGCCCCACCACCACCACCACCACCACCACCACCAACUCAACUUGCAGCUCCUCCUCCUUCCUCCACAGGUUCGCCCAAACAGGCUGUUCAGACUGAAAGCAUCACCAGCACCGGUACCACUUCAUCUACAGAACCUGUUCAACAUGUAUACAACACCACUUCACUGGUGACUUCUACAACUAUAGAAACACCAAAGCCUACUACUACAGCUACUACAAUGUUUACAACAACCGUAACAAAACCAACAUCAGCACCACCAACACCACCACCUACACACCCUGCAGCAACUUUAAAAGCAACAACCACACUUACAAAGUCUACAACGGCUGUUACUUUAAGUACAACCACAGGUAGAGGGAAGACGACACCACCCCCAACAACAACAACACCAACAACAACACCUCCACCACCAACAACAACAACAACAACAACACCAACACCAACAACACCUCCACCACCACCACCACCAGCUGACACACCACAGCCUAAAGCCCCAAGUACUACAGCACCAGUUCAAACCCCUUCAACCAGAGGGCCUACUACCAAAACUGCUACGAGUACCGGUAAUCCCGUUGAUCACAAAGAGUCUGGAACAAAAGUUGGCAUGGUAGAUGUAGCGGGGGCUCCUCUGACUGAGCAGCUGGUGGAUACAGCAUCUCUACUGGCCGUCCUGCUCUUCGGCCUGCUCUUCUUCUUGGUCACCGUGGCUGUGUUCGUCAGACAGGCCUACGAGAGCUACAGGAGGAAGGACUACACCCAGGUGGACUACCUGAUCAAUGGCAUGUACACAGACUCUGGGGUUUGAGGGAGGAAAGGGGCUAAGCACAACGUGUGGGGGAUUGUUUAUGCGUUUGGAGACUAUAGAGAGACUGGUUGGUAACAGGGCGGUGCUGUGAAAUCACAAGGUGAGUCAGUGCCGCUGUUAGACGGUUGGAGAAGAAGUAGGAAUGGACUAAACUGACCAUCAGCUCACUGAAGUGACUCUAAAGCUGAUCUGUUUGUAUCCUAACUGCUACACUUAAUGCUUUUGUUCUUUCCUGCUUCUCUUUCUUUAAAGGUUUGAAUGAAAGAGUUUGGCUUGUCCCAGUUUUGCCAAAUGUUGAGCAACAUAGAGGUUACCUGGAUGUAACUCCAGUUGUAUGUGCAAAGCCCUCUAACAGACUUUGCUAUUGCCCCUCAACAGAAUCUCGUCCACAUCGCUGGUCAGUCCAGUUCUAGGGUGGCUUGACCAAUCGGGGUGCUUCCAAAGUGAUAAAAAGCUCAACAGAUAUUUUUUUUGUCUGGCUGAAAAAUAUACCUGUAGAAUUGUUUGUCAGUGCUCAUUAAGGACCAGGGCAAACGUAUAACUUCUUCUACAUAAAGAGAGCGUAAAUUGACAAAAAUAUGACAGCAGAUUGAUGAUAAAUUCCUCAGUCCACCUGGACCUUAAUGACGGACUCUUCUAUAAGCAAUGAACCAAGAUCUGUAUCAUGAAACAUUCCCACAUCAAUCAGUAGAGCUGAGUGGUAAUUCAAAAUCAUUAACUCUGUUUGAUUGUCUACUUAGAUAACAAAGUUGUCAACUUUUGAGUUUGUUUUGCACAUUUGAUCAAUUUUGUCGUCUUUUAUCCAUAUAAUUAAUUGUAGUGAACACCAUAAUUUGAGUAUUUUCCAUACGGGAAAGCAUCCUAAUUUAUACAGUGAUAGUGAUCUUUGACUAUAUUGCCCAGCCCUACAGCUCAUCUUUCUAGAUAUGUUGCCAUUUCCACCUAAAUGUAUUUAAGGCAACAGUUGUAAUGAUUGAUGUCAGUGGUUCACAUGAUGCUAGUUUAAAGAAAAAAAUAAUGCCAGAGCACAGAUUUACUGCUUAUAUUGUGAAAGUCAUCAGGGUUCGGUUAAUUCUGUUUGAGUUUAGAAAUAUCCACAUGGAGCUUUAGAAAAUUUGGGGAAUUCUGGGCUUUAGAAGUAAGUUGUUAAGGACACGUCUUGUUUAUAAUAACUUGAGUCUGACUUUGAUAGUUUGGGCCACCAUUUCUCUCAGGAAUAUUAAUCUUGUGAUUUCAAAGUUAAUCUCUGGGGGUUUAAAACACAGCUUCAACACGAAAGAGCAACUCAGCACCUCUUGAAAAUCUUGCUUAUGUAGAGCCCCCAAGGUUUAACUUCUCACCUUGUUGUCAGGACACUAUGACAUCACUGUUGCCUGUGGUUACAAACAAACAUGAGCAGGUUGGAGUAAUAAACCAGAGAGAGAGAUUAUAAGCGGAGUCAGCAUUUCUGGCACAGCUACAACUACUUUAAGGUACACAGAGAAAGAAAAAAGUCUUCAGCAACACAGAUUAUUACAACACUUCAGGUAAAAUAAUCUGGAUAAACUGUUGUCUGAACGCCUAUUACUGAGUAAAGUAGUAGGCUACUGUGCUAAAGUUUUAGGCAGGUGUGGGGAAAAAAAUGCUGUAAAAUAAGAACACUUUCAAAAAAUAUAUUUUUUUUUCAUAGUUUAUUUGCCUUUGCCUUCAAACCAGCAUCUAAUAUUCUCAGCAUUUUUUCCACACCUGCCUUUUUUAGACUUCUGCACCGUACUGUACAGUGUAAUUAUAACUGAUGGAAAAGAUGGCCAAAAAUACAAAAGUUAGAAGCAAGUUGUUCUACAGUAGAAUAAUCCUUUGAAUGUAACCUGAGUGACAUUACAGCAUAGAGAGCUCCAUACUUUUAUCAAAAGUAAAUAACCAUAUGGAAAAACUUCAAACGAUUCCACAGAGGUAGAAUAGUUUUUCAGAAAGACGUUUACAGUGGAAGAUGUGUUUCCAUCGCUCUGCAUUAAGUUUCCCCAGAUGCGGUCGGUGUGUUGGGGCCAAAGUUUAUACUGUGUGGUAUCUGGUAUAGUCAGUAGGGGGACCACAGAGUCCUCUUAUAGUCAAGCCAUCAGGUUAAUGAUUCUUGAGAGAAAACCUCACAACAUUUUCACGAUGGUGAAGAAAGAUCCGGAGAUGUGACUGAUGCUAUGGGUAGCUCCUCUUAUGUGUCUUACAUUUCAUUAUUGUUGUUUUGGUUUGUUUAAAACGUCUUCAUUUCAGUACACGAUCAGACAUUUUUGGGGAAAUCAGUUUGUUUGCUGCAAAACCUAAAGCUACAAUUUGUGAGAAAUGCUGUGUGGUUAAUACAGGUGCAUCUAAAAAAAUUAGAAAUGAGAAAAGAUUUAUUUAUGUCAGUAAUUCAAUUCAAGAAGUGGACAUAACACAUAUAGAUCCAUUAUACACAUAAUGAAACAUUUCAUGUCUUAAUUUAUUUAAUUUCUUCUAAUUAUAAUGAUUAUGGCUUACAGUUAAUGAAGACCUAAAAUUCAGUGUCUCAAAAAAAAUUGAACAUUACAAAAGACCAAUUUUAAAAAGUAUGUUUAAUAUGGAAAUGUUGGCCUCUAAAAAGUAUGUCCAUCUAUAUGCAGUCAAUACUUGGUUGGGGCUAUUUGACUUGAACUACUGGAAAUGGACUUUUCCAUCAUAUUCUAAUGUAUUGAGAUGAACCCGUAAUUUACAUGGUCACAGAAACAAGGUAUUGAACAAUUCAGCAAAAGAAAAAGCAAUAUCUUUAUUGGGGAGCCUGGUGGGCUACAUGGUGGUGUAGUGGUUGACUUCUGACGCAGCUCUUCUGUAUGGAGUGUGCAUGUUCUCCCCGUGUCAGUGUGGGUUCUCUCCGGGUACUCCGGCUUCCUCCCACAGUCCAAAAACAUGCACUAAGUUUAAUUGGUGACUCUUAAUUGCCCGUAGGAGUGGAUGAGAGCGUGAUUGUCUGUCUCUAUGUGUCAGCCCUGUGAUAGUCUGGCGGCCUGCUCAGGGUGGACCCCGCCUCUCACCCAAUGUCAGCUGUUAAGGAUAAUGAAUGAAUGAAAAAGGGCACCCUGGUGGCUUAGGGAUUAAAAUCUCUCACCAUGAACCACAACGCCCCCAAGUUCAAGUAUGGCCAGGGACAUUUAGUGCGCGUUCCCUGUGUUCGCUCUACUGUCAACACUCUCAUGUACAGCUUUAAAAAAUGUCUUAAACCACAGAUUAUACAGUCAUGGAAAAAUUAUUAGACCACUGUUUUCUUCAAUUUCUUGUUCAUUUUAAUGCCUGGUACAACUAAAGGUACAUUUGUUUGUACAUAAUGAUUUUGGUUAUUAUCAAGAAAACCAUGGAAAAUGGCUAGAUAUCAGCACUUAAAUUAAACUCUUCUGAGCUUUUUUUUUGUUAUCAUUAUAUUUGCCCAAAUAAAUGUACCUUUAGUUGUACCAGGCAUUAAAAUGAACAAGAAAUUGAAGAAAACAAGGGUGGUCUCAUAUUUUUUUCCAUGACUGUAUAUGGUCAAUGACUCUACAGUUUUAACAUUUCUACAUAUGUUUAGACUAAGAGCUUAGCACGAAGCUGAAAGCAGGAGCAGCUGCUAGAAUUCACAUUUUGUGGCGCUUCCCCUGCUGAACACAGCCUGGCUCUGUCUCUUACUGGAGACAUCUGUACAAUAGCAGAUAAAUCUCUUCUCAUCUAACUGUGCUUAACCACAAAUACUACUAUUUCCUGGAUGUUUUUUUUUUGUUUUUCUUAGAUAUCCGAGUCUUAUGAUUUCAUUUUUUUCAUUCCAUUCCAUUGCUUUUCAUUCAUCCUAAUGACAUUUCAGAAAGUAUGCAGUGUUUAAUGUUGUUGCACACAAAUUAAGGGAAAAGGGCCAUACGAGUUUAUUUCAAUAUAUUUUCUAUUUUUCCGAGGUGAAUGUAUUUUUAAAUGCUCAGCUAUUUUUGGAUAUUAUGGGUUGUUUGUCUUCUGUAUAAAUCCAUCUGUCACUCUCCAUUAACGAACAAGUUCUAUUCAUGUCUGAUUUAAUUUCAAUGUUUUAUAUUUCUCCUAACAUGGAUCUCAAGCCAUUCAUACAUAUAUUUUUAAAGAAAAAAACCCUCUGAAUUCUGACUUCCAUAUGAUAUAUUUUUGACUUGUUUCCUUCACAAUGAUCCUUUUGUUUUAUCAUAAUUAUGGGAUUUCUCAUAAUGAGAUCAAGUUCCCUGCAUGAGUGAAACACACACAUUUCUGUUAUAAUCUCAAAAUGCUAAGUCAUAAUUCUGAAGUUGUAUGGAUUGAUUUAUACAUAAGAUGAUUAUUGUCUUAACUGUUUAAAUACAUUGGACAUAGUGAAGGGACAACGAAGCUUCAUGGACCAUUUGCUUUAUUUACGGAGCCCACUAGAUGGCGCUCUUUGUUCAACAAAAGGCUGAAAACACACUCAACUACCAUUGCUAAAGCCUUUUUUUUAAAGCCAAGACCGCCAUCUAGUGGGGUCAAAAAAUAAAGCAAAUGGUUCAAGAAGCUUCAUUGUCCCUUCACUGAUUUGACAAAGUGAUAAACUCAUACUCAGAAGUGUCUGUUAGUUAUGAAAAACAUGAUAUUCAGAAUUAUGGACAGGUAUUCAAUUAGCCCCUCAGUUAUUCUCAAUGGUUCUGCAUUUCAUUGACAACAAAAACGCAUUCAUGCUAAAAUACUGUUGCCUUUUCUCUUCUCUUGACCACCACUUGGUAUUAGUUGUCUUCUUCUGAGGGGUUCAUGGUUGGUGGACAAUCGCCAAAUAAUCACUGAAGCACAUUAUUGUAUGAUAAAGCCAAGGGAAACAUAAAGCCAUUAUCGAUAUGUGACAUGAAGAGUAAAAUUUAUUGGUGGAUCUGAAAGCUCACACAGCAGAAGAUGUUUUCAGUUUCAAAAAGUGAUGUUAGAACUGUUAACUGAGUGUUUUGUGCAGUAUUUAGAAUAUUUUUGUAUUGGACCUGCCAAUUUUGUGUUAAGUUUCCAUAUAUUUCAAGUUGGUGUCUUGCCAUUAUUGAUUUGUUGUCUUAUUUUGUAAGGGACAAGAAAAUCCCCUGAAACGGUAAUUGAAAAGUGUCAUUAAAAUGUGUUUAUAAGGGCAUAAAUUGCAAUCCAUGCAGAAGCAGAGAGUGGCCUUGUUAAUAGAGGUUGGGGGAAAAAAUGAAUACAGCAUAGUAUUGUGAUAUUUUGCAUGGGGAUAUUGAUUCAUGGCCGCCAAUUAUCGAUAUUUAGCUAAGGAAUCUAUAGGCACUGUGUGCGUGAGGAUAUCGUGUCGGGAAGUUGUUGAAAUAACGCUAAAGUUAGACUUUUUUAUGAUUAAUUCAAAAAAAUUCAGAGCAGUCUGUGUGUUUGACUCUCAUUGUGGAGAAAUAAAAAGACUGAAGUGAGAUGAAUAGACUGAAAAUUUUCUGAUUUGACAAAACAAUUCUUGAUUGAAUUGAAUUUUGUGGACACCAAAUGCAGUUAAACAGUGAAAUCACAAUAUAUUAGAGAUAACCAAUAUUGUAUCGCAAUAAUGGACAAAUGGUCCGCUCUCUGCUUCCAUACAUGGGUUUUAUUAGUGAAGGGACAAUGAAGCUUUGUGAACCAUUUGCUUUAUUUCCUGACCCCACUAGAUGGCGGCCUUGGCUUUAAAAAAAGGCUUCAGCAAUGGUAAUUGAGUGUGUUUUCAGCCUUUUGUUAAAUAGAGAGCGGCAUCUAGAGGGCUCCGUAAAUAAAACAAAUGGUUCAUGAAGCUUCGUUGUCCCUUCACUCGGUGUUAUUAUUUUAGUUUAUUUUCUCAUCAUUACUGAUACAUUUUAUUAACAUCAGCAAGCCAAUGUUUUGUUUGUUAUAUGGUCAUCACUAAAAAGAAAUUCAUGACAUCGGCAUAACCCGAUCAUCUUAAAAGAUGAUUUGGAAUUAAGUAAAAAUAUUCAAGAUUCAGACAUUAGGUAAUCACCGCCUUGUGUCUGCUAUGUAGAGAUAAUUAGCGUAGUGCUUUUUUCAAUUAAAAAAUGAGUGAGUGAUCAUUGGAAACAGAAUCUAAGCUUCUCUUGCAGUGUUUAAGAUUGACUUCAGUUUUCCAAUGACUACUAAAAUCACUCUUCUGACAGUUAAAAUGUCCUGCAUACUGUCCCUGUACGCCAGUGAAUCAUUUUAAAAAAACAGAUGAUUUUCAUGUUGUAAUUUAAUGUUUCUGAUGUCAAUAAUUUUGAAGUGAGCUGUUCAAGGUCCUUGAAAACAACGCUGACAGAUUGUGUUCAGUAUGGAUUGGUGUUUUGCCAUAACUGAUGUGCAGAAUGUCAAGGAAUGACGAUAAGACACCUGCUGUGUGCCAACUCAACAUUGUAUGAAUGCACUUUAAAAAAAAAAAAACAUUUUUACUUGCAGAGAAUAAAUAAUAAAAAAGAACCAAAUCGA